GGCAGGAAGUAAGUGCGCGGUAGUUACGGCAGAUGGAGGAUGUUUUGGAGUUGUUUGUCCGUUCCCGAAGAGUACCAUGCUAUCAGGCAGGGCUAUUUUAAGGCUCGAAUGAGGUGACAUUUGUAUAGAGGGCUCUGAAAACCUGAAAGGAUUUACCUUAAUUUCAGCAAUCUAAUGAGAAUGAGCCCCUUGUGUAUCUUCAGCCCUCGCAUCCUUCACCCCCGGGGCUCCCACACAGCAGCGGGCCCCUUUGUACCACCUUGUCCUCCCCUGGACCAGGAGAAAGUCAAGGAGUUACAGAGGUUCAUCUCCCUUUCCAAGAGACUCCUGGUGAUGACUGGAGCUGGGAUCUCCACCGAGUCGGGCAUCCCAGAUUACAGAUCAGAAAAGGUGGGGCUCUAUGCCCGGACAGACCGCCGCCCUAUCCAACACGUGGAUUUUGUCCAAAGUGCUAAAACCCGCCAGCGGUACUGGGCAAGAAAUUUUGUUGGGUGGCCUCAGUUCUCCUCUCACCAGCCUAAUGCUGCACAUUUGGCUUUGAGCAGCUGGGAGAGGCUCGGGAAACUCUACUGGUUGGUGACCCAAAAUGUGGAUGCUCUGCAUACCAAGGCAGGGAGUCAGCGUCUGACCGAACUCCACGGAUGCAUGCACAGGGUUCUCUGCUUGCAUUGUGGAGAACAGACUCCCCGAGAGGUGCUGCAGGAGCGAUUUGAAACGCUGAACCCCACCUGGAGAGCUGAGGCCCAUGGCGUGGCCCCCGAUGGCGAUGUCUUCCUGACAGAAGACCAGGUCCGAAGCUUCCACGUCCCAUCCUGCGCCAAGUGUGGAGGCCCCCUGAAGCCAGAUGUUGUUUUCUUUGGGGACACAGUGAACCACGAUAAGGUGGACUUCGUGCACGUGCGUGUGAAGGAAGCCGACGCCCUUCUGGUGGUAGGAUCUUCCUUGCAGGUGUACUCGGGCUACAAGUUUAUUCUUGCGGCCCAUGAGAAGAAACUACCCAUUGCAGUACUCAACAUUGGGCCCACAAGGUCAGACCAGCUGGCCUGCCUGAAGCUGGAUUUCCGAUGUGCAGAGAUCCUGCCUUUAAUAGCCCCAUGGUGACCAGGGCUCACUGCUCCCAACCCCCAAGGAGGACCUUUACUGGACCUGAGCUGUGAAAGGCACCAAAGCAAACUUCUGUUGUGUGAUGAUGAAAAUAAUUUAUUCUCUAAUCUUGGGUCCUAUACAUUCAGGUACACUGCAAUUAUUGCAAGUAACAUUAUAUUCUCCCGAAUUCAUCAUUCUUUCGAGAUGUAAACUGAAAUUCCUUCCUCAAUCCUGCAGAUGCAUUCCCUUGUAAAAUAACCUCAGGUAUUGUCUCUCCCCAUGUAGCCAGUCUUAGCCAUGGUGAUUUUGUCACAAAAGUCCAUGUUGUUGUAUUUCCUGUCUCUGCUGCUGUGUUCUGUACCACUGCCGACGAUAAUGACAAGAGUCACAGCUUGGUUACAAGUUUGUGUAGUGCCUUCCUCUUAUUCUUCUGACUCCUUCGAUUCCUGGCCAGUCUGUGUUUUCUUUUCUGCUUGCCUUGUCCCUUCUGAACGGAUAAUGUGGACAUCCUUUGUUCUGACCCAAAGUUCUCCAUCACCUGUGAAAAUAAGAACAAACCCUUGCCCCCAGGUUAGCACUUGCCCUGGGCCCUGCCAGACACCAUCAGCGUCUCUCCACAUGACUUUCAUAUUGUGUUUAGGAAAACGGAAUCUGUUUGAUUUAGUGGUGUCACUAGUACUGUUGUCAUUUCCUGCCAGAUAUUUCAUUGCAGGAGAGAGGUUACAACUGUCGAAUUUUAAGUAAUUUAUAGUAUAGAGUGCAGUGUUUAAUUGGUGCCACGGGGAUCCCUUAGCUUUCCCUUUUUGUUUUUGGAGCGCCAUCUUUAAUGUACGAUUGGCAUGUUCAACUAUGGCCUGACCACGAGGAUUAUAAGGAAGGCCAGUAGUAUGACUAAUAGAGAACUCAGUACAAAACUUUUUAAAACCCUGCGAAAUAUAUGCAGGACCAUUAUCAGUCUUUAAGCAUUGAGGUGGGUCAGCAAAGAAAAACAAUGAAGCAAAUGAUUAAUAACAUAGCGGACAGCCUCACCCGCUUGAGCAGUAGCAAAAAUAAAGUCUGAAUAACUAUCAA